CUGCUUUUUGUUAACAAAAAAUUCCAUGAAUUCAUUCAGUAUUUCUGCGACAAUGUCACAUAAAUGUGGCUAUCAAUCAUUUUAAUUGCAAAUCAUUCAAGUUGAAUAUAAUUUGAUCUACUGCAGAACUGUCAGUGCUAAAUGCAAUGUGAAUGAUUUAAUGGUUACAAUUAAAAUCGAUCGUACGCAACAAUUAAGUUUUUCAAUAUUAAACGGUCACAUACAUUUGGCAAGUAAACUUCAAGUUAGCAGGUUCAAUAACAUGCUGAUUAUGUUUGCCGGAUAAUGUGGACAUUUUUUAUUUGGAAAGCAUUUGAUUAUUUUGAAGUUGACAUUAACCGCCCACAACGAUGAAAUUUCUACACUAUAUAAAGCCAUGCCAUUAAUUCAUUCGGGCAAUAGAUUUUUUUUGGUAGAAAUUGAUUAAUUUCUGAAGCAAAUAUGAAAUUGGAUUUGUUGACUUUAACUUGUAUUUUUUCUCUGUUAGUUGCCGUUGAACCUUGGAAAAUUCCGGGAAAAUGGCCACCCGAGGUUGUCUAUCAGUAUUAUGACAUACCAACAAUGGUAAAAACUUGUUCUCAACGAUGUGAACCAAACAUGGAAGAGAUAAAAGAAUUCGAGCUCACAACGGAUUUGAAUAAAUUACCAAAUAAUAAAAAUGUAAAAUGUUACUUCCAUUGCUUAUGGGUUGAGGCUGGUUUUAUGAAGCCGGGCAGUGCUGCUUUUGAUCCGUCUGUUUUCUUUGAGCUCAUGGAGAAGAUGUCAGAAGAGGACCAAGACAAAUACUUGAAAAUAACCAAAGGUUGUGCAAAACGGGUUAGUAAAAUCAAAGAUCCAAUUGAAGUUUCAUAUCAAACAAUGGUUUGUUGCAAAGAAAAUAGUAACGAGCUUUUCUAUCUCUUCUAUUGAGUUUUCACUGUCUCCAGCUUAACCCUCUAAUGCAUUAAUUUUUUUUCGACAUGAGAACUAUUUUUCUAUGAUUAUUUUGGUUUAAAAUUCCAUAAAAAAAUAAUCGAAAUUCAAAAAAUUGCAUAGUUUACUCAAAAAAUGAGACAAAAUUGGAGAACAAUCGAAACCAUUGUUUAAACUGCUAUAAACGAAGAGAGAGAUAAUUUUUUUGUCAAAUUCCUGUUUUUCCGUACUUUUGUGUUUAUAAUAAACAAGCGCUUUAUUUUCACUUGUCAAAUGACCGGCAAAUGAAAGCCUGAGCCCUGCUGAAUAUAUUUUAAUUGGUUUUAAUUAUAUAUUUUAGACAAUAAUUUAUACACCCUGCCUAAAUGCAGGGCUAUGGACUAGAGGGUUAAAUGAUUAAUAAACGUUGUUGGUAUUUUAAAAUUUAUUUCAAACUACAAUUUUGCUAUGAAAAUAAAACAUUUAAAGUUUUA